AUUGGUUGUGAUAGCAGAAAUAGACUACAAACGGAGUGUUAUCGCUUGUUAUUGUGGUGUUUUUUGAACUUGUCCCUAUUCAUAUACUGUACGUACGCGUGUGAAAUUCUAACACAAUGGCCGAUACAGGUAAAAGCGUACUGAGUGACCGGACCAACUCACCUAUGGACUUUGGAGGUGAGGCUCCCAAUGGGAGCGGUGGUAAACCUGGUUCGACUUCUGCGGACAACUGUGUCAAUGAAGCCGGAGUGUAUUCGUGUAAAGGUUUUGAGGACAUUGGAAAGUGUUUCACGAAACUUCACCUACAGAUAACAGGCUUACAUGAAGAAAUUGGUAGUCUGAAGACAACAGUCUCCAACUUGGAGCAAUUUGCUGACCAUACAAAUGACAGUCUAAGGACAAUACACGAAAAAACCAUUCCUAAUAUAGAGGAUAAGAUCACAACGGUUGAUAAUGAAAGAAUUAAACUGGAUAUGUGGGGACGCAAGUGGAACUUGGUAGUAAGAGGGGUGAAGGGAGACCUACGGGAAACCCCAAGAAAUACUGAGAAAGCAGUGAGAAAUUUCUUAACAGAAAACCUGAAAAUGGAAGAUUCAUUCUCAAAGAAUGUUCUCCUCACAGCGGUUCAUCGUCUUCCUGGAGGUUCCGAAGGUAAUCGGAAUAUCAUCAUUCGCCUGAGCAGUCUUCUUGACCGUGACGACAUAAUGAACGCCACAUUCAAACUAACCAGGGGCUGGAGUGUUAACCACUCAACCAAUCCACCGAUAAUGACUGGGACUGUUGUGCUUGUAAAUGGCUCUGUUCCUUCUGAAGGACGAGUCGAGAUCUACUACAAUAAAACAUGGGGGAAGAUCUAUGCUAACAAUCACUGGAACAAGACAAACGCCAUUGUAGUUUGUCGCCAGCUCAACUACACAUUUGGUACAGGCGUAAUCGACUUGCCAUUCGGAACUGGUUCGAACCCCUACCUGGUUGAUGACGUAAUGUGUUUAGGAAAUGAAAAUAUCUUAGCGGAAUGUCCACUCACAUGGACAUCACCAUUCUCCUAUAGCAAUUACGCCGCUGGGGUGAUAUGUAGUAACACCGCAUUCCAGGAGGAACUAAGCGUCCCAAUAAGGUUGGCAGGCGGCCGAACCCCUUCUGAUGGCAUAGUGGAGAUGUUCUACGCUGGUUAUUGGGGAACGGUGGCGUUCGAUAGCAACUUUAACCGGUAUGAAGCAAGAGUCAUCUGCAGGGAACUGAACUUCACGGGUGAAACUGUUACGACUUCGCGGCUUUAUGACAACUACACUCACAUAGUAGUGUGGAAAUACUCUCCCUCUUGCAAUGGUAACGAAGCUAAUUUUUCCAGCUGCCUUAGUCCAUAUAAACUUGGAGAAUAUGGUUCCGUUCAUAGACCUGAUGCUGCCGUGGUUUGUGAUGAUCCAGCCAGGAGUACACAUAACGACACUGUGCGCCUAGCGAAUGACGAUCCAAGCUAUCAGGGACGUGUGGAGAUUUUGCAUUCUUCCUUCUGGGGAACUGUCUGUUUUUAUAAGUGGGAUGAUCUAGAUGCCUUGGUCGUCUGCAGAGAGCUCGGAUACAGCGAGGGCUUUGCUGUUUUUAAGAACGUUUUCGGAAUAGCUAACUCUUCAAUUGUAACGUGGCUUAACAACGUCAUGUGUAAUGGGACCGAACAAAGACUGGCCGAUUGUGAAAAUGAUGGUUGGGGUAUACAGACAUGUAGCCAUAGUUACGAUGUUGGUGUUAUCUGUCCUGGAAACUAUAACGGUGCCACGGCAUUGGGUACCCUGAGGUUGAUGAACGGAACCAGCGAAUUAGACGGACGUGUGGAAAUGAAUGUCUUUGGUGAGUGGAGUAGCGUGUACAAAAGAAAAUGGGACUACAAAGAGGCACAGGUUGUCUGCAGACAGCUUGGUUACACCGAGGGGGCACCUGUAUUUAAUGCAGUUCCCGGAUCAGUUCAUAAAUACUUGGAAUUAAUGGAAUGUGUUGGCAACGAACUUAAACUCAUCGACUGUCCUCGAACUGGCUACACUAAUACCAUCAGUAGUGCCACAGAAGAAAACGCUGGAGUAAUUUGCACAGGAAACAUUGAUUUGUCAAUGGAAGAUGGUGAUAUGAGGUUGGUUGGUGGAGACUCGCUCUCAGGCAGACUGGAAAUAUAUGGACCAUCGGGCUUUGGGACCGUCUGUGAUAGUAAUAUGAACUCAUAUGUUGCUCGAGUUGCUUGCCGACAACUGGGAGGAUACAGCUACAAGACCUAUUCCAGAUAUUCAAAGUACAAUGCAAGCACGGGGAUAGUGUGGAUGCGAACGGUCAGUUGUCGUGGUAGCGAGCUACGACUGGAGUACUGCUCUUUUAGCGGAUGGACAUAUGAACCAAGAUGUGCUAACAACCGUGAACUCGGCAUCACCUGUCAACUGUAA